AUGAAGAAACUGAUCCCCGGCAACUGGCGGCGGAAGACAUGGGACAUCAUAUUGGCGAUGCUGCCACCUUUGAACUUUCUGACGCUGCACUAUUUCUACUUCAUUGCGACCUGUCUGAUUACCAGCGUCAUAUUCUAUUUGACAUCGACGCCAUGGCGCAGUGUUUCCUAUGUAAAUUCAAUAUUCAUGUGCGUUAGCGCCAUGACUGGUGCUGGUCUGAAUACGGUGGACCUGUCGACCCUGAACUCCUUUCAACAAGCAGUACUGUUUCUGCUGCUGAUUCUGGGACAUGCUAUCCUGAUAUCCCUCACUGUACUCCUAGUACGCAAGAGAGCAUUUGAAGCAAAGUUCAAGGGUGUCUCCGAUGCACGAGAAAGAGAGCGGUCUAGUCGCUCUUCAGCAGUUGAUUUGCACGUGGGAGUAUCCACUCAGAGGAGCACCGGGACUGAUAACGAGGCACGGGGAGAAUCAGAUGAUAAGCGCUGGAUUGACGAUGACCAGGUCACAGUUGGCGGCACACCCCGUCUUCAUCAUCAUCGAGUCUUUCCGAUGGCUGGUAUCGGGGCGAGGCCGGACCUCAAUAAUCACCCCCGCGACGCUGUGCCCGUGCCGCUCUCUAAAGAGGACUCGGUGUCUGGCUUCAAGGGUAUUAUCCGUGGUACGCAGAAGUACAUGGCGUCCAAGGGACUGGUAUCCCGCAACUCGCAGUUCCACGAUCUCACUGCAGCUGAGCGUGAGGAACUGGGUGGCGUGGAGUACAAAGCUGUCUCAUUUCUAUCUGUGAUCGUGUUCCUUUAUUUGGUCUUGUUCAUUCUGUUCGGUGUGAUUGGGGUGGGUUGCUGGCUGGAAAUUAAUGAUCCGGACGUGACGCGAUCGAAUGGGCUGUCGCCUUUUUGGACGGGUUCUUUCUUUGCUGUUUCGGCUUUUGUGAACAGUGGAAUGUCUCUCCUGGAUGCGAAUAUGACUGCUUUGCAGUUGAGGGCUUACCCUCUCCUUACAAUGGGGUUACUGAUUCUGGCUGGGAAUACCCUAUUCCCUUGUUUCCUGCGGUUUAUUAUCUGGACGAUGAGGAAAAUGCUGCCGAAUCGGCCGGCGUGGCAAUCAUGGCGCAUAACCCUUGAUUUCAUCCUGGAGCAUCCCCGUAGGGUCUAUACAAAUCUCUUCCCUGCUCGCCAUACUUGGUACCUACUCGGCACGAUUAUUAUCUUGAACGGUAUAGACUGGGCAGCCUUCGAGCUGCUUUCCAUUGGAAACAAGGACAUUGAGAGUCUUCCCACGGAAUUCCGCAUAUUGGAUGGACUGUUCCAAGCUCUAGCGGUUCGCGCUGGUGGAUUCUACGUUGUCACAAUCGCCGACCUUCACCAGGGGCUCCUGGUUCUCUAUGUCCUCAUGAUGUACGUCUCCGCGUACCCAGUCACCCUCACAAUGCGCAACACAAACGUCUACGAAGAACGCUCGCUAGGAAUCUACGCACACGAUGAAACCCCAGACUCACCAGCAAACACCAGCCGCAGCAACCUAGCAAUGAAUCUAAUCCGCCGCCACCUCAACCGUCCCGGCUUCCCCGAGACUUCCCGCGGCUACUUCGUGCACCAGCAGCUCCGCUCCCAGCUCAGCCAUGAUCUGUGGUGGAUAGCACUGGCGGUGUUCUUCAUUGCUAUCGCUGAGGCGGACCAUUACAGUGCCCAGCCUGUGGCGUUUUCAACUUUCAACAUUAUCUUCGAGGUUGUUUCGGCUUAUGGCUGUGUCGGUGUUAGUCUUGGUUUCCCCGGGAAGAAUUACUCUUUCUGUGGGGCGUGGCGUGGUGUUAGCAAGUUGAUUCUGGCUGCUGUUGCGUUAAGGGGGAGACAUCGGGGGUUGCCGGUUGCUAUUGAUAAGGCCAUUAUGUUGCCUAGUGAGUCUUUGGCUUGGGCAGAGGAGGAGGAUGCUGCUUUGAGGAGGGAUAGAUCUAUGGUUUUUCAGGAGCGUGGGCCUGUUGGGUCUGUUUAG